UUCGAGUCCCAAGUCAUGCGUUUCGUAGCUGAAGAAAAAGUAAAAAAUACGAAGACACGAAAAAAGAAAGGUCCGAAGAAGACACGAGAGACUGAAAACCUGUCUCUCUCUCUCUCUCUCUCUCACCUAUUACCUUUCUCCCAUCUGCAAACGCCUUACCGUGAGCCGCACGUACGCUGCAUCGGAGACGUUCAUCACCAGGACCCAGUGGUUACUUUUACCAUGACGAGUGUGGGCCAAUGGGAUCAAGCAUACAAUUUAUCGUCCGACGAUUCCUCAACCUCAGAUAUGGAAGAAGAUGAUGGGGCUGGGAACAUGAUGACAAACAAUAAAAAUACUGUUGUUAGAUCAGUAAAAGAUGUUCUCUCAGAAGAUGCAGCGAUCAGAAGAGCUGAGAUGUAUCAGGAAUACAUGAAACACGUCCCCAUCCCCAAUCGACGUGGGUCACUCAUCCCAUUUAAAACAUGGCAGGGAUUGGCUAAAUCUCUAAAGCAGUUGUAUGGGCAGCCCUUGCAUUACCUCACCAAUAUCCUCUUAAAACAGUGGGACCAGGCGAGGUUUGGGACUGAGGAUGAACAUCAGCCGCUGGAUACCAUCAUCCAUCCUUUGAAGGCUGAAGCUACCAUCUGGCUCAUGGAAGAAGUUCACAGGCUUACCUCUUCUCAUCACCAUCUGGCUGAGCUGUGGGCUUCAGACCCAAUGCACCAUGCUUUUGUUGAUCCAAUCUUCCCACGGAUGUGAGGCCCAUCCCCACGAAGUUGCUUAUUUCUGUACACUAGCAUUUUCAUGAUGUUUUGGAGAUACGGAUUUAGUGGUGUCUCUCUCUUAGAUGCGAGGUUUGUUAAGCCCACAUUUGUGGAGCAGUCGGGUGUGGGGGACAACCAUGAAAUGCAUCAGGUGGGCCACGCUGUGUAGUUUCAAGAAAUAGGCAAGUCCACUCAUUUAAGUUGGCCAUGCAUGUAUCUUUAGUUAGACCAUUGGCAAUUUUCUUGUACCUUGUCUGCUGUUUUCCAGGAUGGCACAUCCACACACUGAGGCAUGGGUGGGCAAGGAACAUACGGCACAGUUGCCACGUUUCCAGAACAAGUGAGUAGCGUGAAUGUUUAGAUACUUUGGACUCCACUCAGUGUAUAACUAGAGCUAUUUCCACGCUUAACUUGUGAAUUUGGUGAAUUUUUCUACUAAACAUAAAUCAGAAUGUUGGGAUCA